CCUAUGGGUAUGACUGACGUUGUUUCUGUAGGGUGGUUGUAAAAGACAAGUACAAACACACCAUUGACGCAAAAAGAAUGCAUCCAUCAUCUCUAGUAUAAAAAUUAAAUCAAAUUAAACCCUAAUAAAAAUAUUGUUAUUAUAUAUAUACAUACAUCACCGACGAUCAGUCAUUAGCUGCCGGCUCCACCGGAUUACAUCCCACUCUGUUUUUUUUUCUGUCGAUGACUUAUUUCUGUUUCCGGCAUUACAUUAUUGGAGCCACAUAAGUUUUUUUGAUUUAAUCUAAAGCAUUCAGUUGUUAACAUUUGGGGGCAGAAUAAUGGCGUUGAAAGAAAAAGUCCUUAAAAAGAAAGCUGAGAAGUUUGAGUUAAAGGAAUUGGAGAAAAUCACUUUAAAUCAAGCGUCGUUAUCUGUUCUCGAUAAACUACUUAAUGAUGCUUACAAAAUUCGUAGGCCAAAACCCAGUGAAUACGAAGAUAGAAGACAAGUGAUCCGAGUUUUCAAUGAAAUAGCUAGGGAAUUAUAUGGUGAUAAUGCAAGUUGUCCUGUGGUUGAGGAAUUUGGUUCUUUCUCUAUGGAUCUUUUUACUACAGGAAGUGAUCUCGAUCUUUCCGUCAACUUUAGAAAUGGUGGUCACACUGAGUUCCCUCGAGAUCAGAAAAUUAGGACUCUUCGGAAGUUUGCGAGAAAGUUCUAUUCACUUCAAACUGGAGGUUAUGUCCAAGGUGUCCAGCCCAUAAUGAGUGCUAAGGUACCCAUCCUCAAGGUUGUUGAUCCCGGAACUGGUGUUGAAUGUGACCUUUCAGUAGAAAAUAGAGACGGGAUUUCAAAAUCGGCAAUGAUUCGCUUCAUUACUUCUAUAGAUGAAAGGUUUCUAAAGCUAAGUUUUUUGAUGAAAGCAUGGGCAAAAGCACAUAAUAUUAACAGUUCAAAGGAUCGAACUCUGAAUUCUUUAUCCAUAAUAUUGUUGGUUGCUUUUCAUCUGCAGACUCGAGAUCCCCCUAUAUUACCUCCAUUUUCUGCGAUACUAAAAGGUGGACAAGAUCUUGUGUCGGUACAGAAUUCAGUUAGAAACUUCCAGAAUUACGGUAGGAAAAAUACCGAAACAUUAGGUGAACUGUUUGUGUCAUUCUUUUUGAAGCUAUCAUCUGUUAAAAACCUUUGGCCUAAAGGUUUAUGUGCUAGUCCAUAUCAAGGACACUGGAUAUCUAAAACUUGGGACACUAAAAUAGCCACCAUGAGUGUUGAGGAUUUCACAGAUCGAACCCAAAACGUUGCGAGGGCUGUUGGAAAAUCAGAAGUCGGAGAAAUCUAUGGCCGUAUCCACCUGACAAUCGAAAAUCUUUGUUCCUUUAUGAAUGGUCAAAUUGAAGCAUCACUGUUAAAUGUAUCCUUUUUUGGCAUUGACAGAAUGCACCAUCAUCCUUUUGUCCUGCAACCAAAUAUAUAUAAAGAAAACGGUAAACUAAAUCAGCAUAUAAUGACCACCAACCCAGUAUUGGCCAUGAACAAGGUCUCUAAUUCCAACGGUGUAGUUGAUCAGAGAAAUUCUCGAAAGUCAUUAAAAAGAGCGACAGCAGUGGGCGACUGGGGUGGAACUCAUCAUCAGACUAUAGCUGCAGUCCUGAACACUUUGGGGGCAGUGCAGCCGGUUGACCAUCAGCCAACGAAAAGAUUGAGAGGUGAACAGGGUGUGCCAUCAACCAAAGGUUGGCAGCAAGCUAGGGAUGAACCCAGGUGGAAUCAAGGAGGGGGAGGUGCUGCGGAAGUAACUGGGUGGAAUCGAGGGUGGGGAGCUGCUACGGAAGUACCCAGGUGGAAUCCAGGCUGGGGAGGUGCCACGGAAAUACCCAGGCAUAAUCAAAGCUGGGGAGGUGCUAGGGAAGAACCCAGUUGGGAUCAGGGCUGGAGACGUGCAUCCACUGGUGGCUGGGCCAGGAUCCAUGGAGCUGCUUCACAGGAAUUGCGGCAUUCAGUGGACCUCUGGGGUCAAAAGCUUCAGUGACCUCCUUAUGGGAACUCCUGCACAUAUGGCUAACCCUUUUGUCGAGACUUGGUACAGUUGGGUACAUCAGGUUUGUUUGUUUUAGCUUGUGUUUGUGGUAACAUGUUAGAAAUAGCUGUUUAAAAAUAGAAGUUAAAUUAAUGGUGCCCAAAAGCCUGUUUUUUGAUUGAUGUGAAACUCAAACUCAGCAUUGAGAUUCAAACUCAUAUAGGGGCACCACAUGUACCAAACCACAUGAGCAUUUUAAAAAUCUUUGAACCAUUUAUAAAACUGUGCCCUUUUGAUUUCCUGA